AUGAGUUAUCUCCCUCCAGCCCUGGCAUUGGUUCCUGCUUCUGAAAUAUCUCAGACUGAUAUGUUUGUUCUAGCUGCAGCUGCCAGAUCGAAACUAAUCAAGGAAGCCUGUAGUCAUCGUCAUGAUAUGAGAGUGCUAAUUGGGCAUGGAAAGCUGUUGGACAAUGUUCUAUUAUCUUUGGCAAAAUCGAGGAGGCAGUCUGGCACUACUACUCAAGGAGCCAUACCGGUACCUUUACUACCUCCAAAUAAAUAUCAAGGCGGAUUUGGAAUACCGCGAACAAGUGCUGUUCGUUCUACAAUAAAUGUGAUCCAAGAGGAAGAGAAACAGAGCCCAGGUGAAGGAAAGAUGAGAGGAGAGUCUAAAUAUGACUCCAAGAAUAAUUACAACGACGACAAAUUAUUUUCCGUUAGAGAAGUGUCGUCAAAUAAAGGGGACGGUGUGAUAAGGGAUCAAGCAUAUGGCUAUGAUGAAUACGAUGACUAUGAAGAUUAUGACGAUUAUGAACAUUAUGAAUACUAUGAAGAGGAGGGUCAAUACGAGCUGUGCAGUGCGUCCGAUUCUGAUAGUGACACUGAUGAAGAUAGGUCGAUAGAUUAUUAUGAUUUUGACGAAUGGGAUGAAGACGAUGAGGAAGAUGAAGAAGUGGAUGCUGAUAUCAGUCUACAGAAGGCCCCUGAAUCUUGGGGAAAUUACAGACUAAGCGGUCAAGAAUCACGCUUGGAUCUCCAAGCAGUGUUUUAG